AUUAAUUAAGAGUCUUGAAUAUCAAUCAGAUGGAUACGGAAGAACAAAGUUCCAUAUUCCGUACUGCUUUUAGUCGUUCAUCUCAGCUGCUGACCGUCGUUCUCGAUCCGAGGCCAUGAAAGUCCGUUCUUCGGUGAAAAAGAUGUGCGAAUUUUGUAGGACAGUGAAGCGUAAAGGCCGAGUAUAUAUAUACUGCUCAUCUAAUCCCAAACACAAGCAACGCCAGGGCCUGUCUACAUUUGCAUGUGAAGGUCCUUCUCCUUCCUUGUUCUCAAGAACCGAGGUGAAGCAAGAGAUUCUUCCCAGUCAAGGCUCGCGAAUGGGGCUGGCUUCUCUCAUCCCCCAAAAGAAUGAGCCAACAAUGUUGCUUGGUUGGAGAAUGGGUCUGGCUUCAAUCCUGUUGAAGAAACACAAUUAGCUUAGUAAUAAACAAAAAGGAAGAAAGAAUAUUAGUCAUUGGUUUCUCUUCGACCUUUGAUUGACAAUACCAGUAUUUUCAACUAGGAUUCUGCUCCUAAAAAGAAAUAAGCACUGCUGCUCUGAGUUUUGUUCGCUAUUUGAGUUGGUUUUGAUAUUUAGAAUUGGAGGAAGAGAAGGUGUUACAUUCAAUAUCAUAAUUGUGUUUAUUGCUA